AUGAGAGAGGUUAUUUCGCUUCAUGUUGGCCAAGCAGGUGUCCAGAUUGGUAACGCUUGUUGGGAGCUGUACUGUCAUGAACACGGCAUCUUGCCUGAUGGCCGUUUUCCCGAAGGAACACAUAUCAAUGAUCGUUCAUUUGAGACUUUCUUCUCAGAGACUGAAGGUGGUAAGCAUGUCCCUCGUACUGUCAUGGUGGAUUUGGAACCUUCUGUCAUUGAUGAAACUCGCACGGGUGCUUAUCGUGAACUUUUCCAUCCUGAGCAAUUGAUCAGCGGAAAAGAGGAUGCUGCAAACAAUUAUGCCCGUGGUCAUUACACUGUUGGAAAGGAGAUGGUUGACAAUGUAUUGGAUCGCAUUCGCAAGUUGGCUGAUAACUGUUCUGGUCUUCAAGGCUUUUUGGUCUUCCACUCGUUCGGUGGUGGUACUGGCUCAGGUUUCGGGGCUCUAUUGAUGGAGCGUCUAUCUGUUGAUUACGGCAAAAAGUCCAAGCUCGAAUUCUCAGUGUACCCAGCACCCCAGCUUUCUACCUCUGUUGUUGAGCCAUACAACUCUAUUUUGACCACACACACUACAUUGGAGCACUCUGAUGUCUCUUUCAUGGUAGACAAUGAAGCCAUCUACGACAUCUGUCGCCGCAAUUUGGAUAUCGAAAGACCUACUUAUUCCAACUUGAAUCGCUUGAUCGCUCAAGUGGUUUCAUCCAUCACUGCUUCUUUGCGUUUUGACGGCUCUCUCAAUGUUGAUUUGAACGAGUUCCAAACCAAUUUGGUGCCUUAUCCUAGAAUUCAUUUCCCAUUGGUAACCUACGCUCCCAUCAUCUCUGCUGCCAAGGCCUACCACGAGCAAAUGUCUGUACCUGAGAUUACCUCUGCUUGUUUUGAACCCAACAACCAAAUGGUCAAGUGUGAUCCUCGCAAUGGCAAAUAUAUGGCCUGUUGUUUGUUGUACCGUGGUGAUGUUGUGCCCAAGGAUACCAACGCCGCUAUCUCUGCUAUCAAAACCAAGAGAUCCAUUCAGUUUGUCGAUUGGUGUCCUACUGGUUUCAAGGUGGGUAUCAACAACCAACCACCCACUAAUGUCCCUGGUGGCGAUCUUGCUACUGUCCAACGUGCUGUUUGUAUGUUGUCCAACACUACCGCUAUCGCCGAAGCUUGGGCUCGUCUUGACCAUAAGUUUGAUUUGAUGUAUGCUAAGCGUGCCUUUGUUCAUUGGUAUGUGGGUGAGGGUAUGGAGGAAGGUGAAUUCUCAGAGGCCCGUGAAGAUCUGGCCGCCCUCGAAAAGGAUUAUGAGGAGGUUGGCCUUGAUUCUUUGGGUGAUUCUGAGAUGGAAGAGAAUGAAGAAUAUUAG